AUGGAGAGGUACAAAUUAAUUAAGGAAGUUGGGGAUGGAACAUUUGGGAGUGUCUGGAGAGCUAUUAAUAAGCAAAGCGGUGAAGUUGUUGCAAUCAAGAAAAUGAAGAAAAAGUAUUACUCUUGGGAGGAGUGUGUAAACCUAAGUGAAGUCAAGUCAUUACGAAAAAUGAAUCACUCAAAUGUCGUGAAGCUGAAGGAAGUUAUUCGAGAAUGUGACAUUCUGUACCUUGUUUUUGAGUACAUGGAAUGCAACCUCUACCAACUUAUGAAAAAAAGGGAAAAGCUGUUUUCUGAGGAUGAAGUUAGAAACUGGUGUUUUCAAGUUUUCCAAGGUCUUGCUUACAUGCACCAGCGUGGAUACUUUCACCGUGAUUUAAAGCCUGAAAACUUGCUUGUCACCAAGAAUAUUAUCAAAGUUUCUGAUUUUGGCCUAGUGCGAGAGAUCAGCUCACAACCACCCUAUACUGAGUAUGUCUCCACACGGUGGUAUCGUGCCCCUGAAGUCCUGCUUCAGUCUUUCCUUUAUAGCUCCAAAGUUGACAUGUGGGCAAUGGGUGCUAUUAUGGCUGAGUUGUUCACUCUCCGUCCUCUAUUUCCGGGUACCAGUGAGGCAGAUGAGAUCUACAAAAUAUGCAGUGUGAUAGGUAGUCCAACAGCUGAAUCUUGGGCGGAUGGACUCAAACUAGCUAAGGAUAUCAACUAUCAGUUUCCACAGCUAGCUACCACAGAUCUCUCUCUACUGAUUCCAUCCAGAAGCGAUGAUGCAAUCAACCUUAUCAAAUCACUUUGUUCAUGGGAUCCCUGCAAGAGACCUGCUGCAGCAGAGGCCCUUCAACAUCCUUUCUUCAAGAGCUGCUUUUACAUCCCUCCAUCGCUUCGCACAAGAGCAGUAACCAGAACUCCUCCAUCUGCCGGAAUAAGGGGAUCAGUGGAUCGUCAAGGGGUCAAGAAAUAUUCUGGUGCAUUGCCUAAUUCGAAACUUGGGAAUAAUUUUUCUUCCAUGAAAUUACAUCCUUCUGUAGCUCCAGGCGUGCAACGGAAGCUGGAUAUGGCAAACGAGGAUGGAAUUAAAAAUAAGAAAUCAAUGAAGACUACUACUCCACAAUCAAAAUAUCAACCACCAGGAAAAGGCAGCCCAAGUUCUUUAAACAAGGGGAGAACCGUGCGAUGUGUUUCAGAAACCGCUGACAAGUUGGCCAACAUGUCAAUUUCUACUCGAAGACAUUCCUUGAGUCAAACCCGUCCACCUCCAAUGAAAGCCGGAGUUAAUUGGAGUUCUGAAUCUGGAAACAUCCUGCUCAGGUCCUCCCAACCGAUUCCAACUGGAAGAACUUUAACAAAAAAGGUUGCUGGAUGA